AUGGAAGACAUAGACUUCGAUCUGUACGAGGCCAAGCGAGUAAAUGCUGUGGAGGAGCUCCAAUGGGUUGUCGAAUGGACGUACGAGUACGGUCUUAUGCUCUAUGGGGUUCUGGUCAUGAGGAAUUGGGUCCCGCAGGUCGCUGCGGCGAGGAUCAAGCAGUUGAGGGACUUGCGACCGUGGGACUUGAUGGUCGUCAAAGAUGGAUUGAGGGACUCUAAGCAGCUCUUCGAAGAUCAACAUAAUGAAGUGUAUUGGUCCAUCAGCGACCAACUCGAAGAGUAUUGGCUGCAACGAAGGCAAUUACCGCGACCCCCUCGCCGUGAAUUACCACCAGUUCCCUUGUACCCUUGGGACGAAAAUGAAGCUGGGCGACGCUUCUCUCGUGCAAGCUCCAGCACCCUCGUUUGCGACGAUGAAGGAGACGUGGAGUUCAAGGAUGGCAAGGAGGAACAAGCACCAACAGCACAACUGCCCACGCCAGAUCCAUCCCCACCAUCACCAAAGGUUGACUCUAUUACCAAAGAGGCGGUCAACAACCUAGAGAUCUGGUCUGAGGGAACAGACGACACAGCCAUGGACUUGUCGUAA